AUUUCAAAACACACGCUAGAAAGCCGGCUGCAAAUAAUUUUUGAUAAAAAUCUUCAAAAACAAAUAUACGUGUAUGUAUAUAACUUUUAUACAUACAAAAUGCCAGAAAAACGUGUAGUGCCAGUGAUUUCAUCUUUGACCGAUUUAGAAAGCAAAUUAUCGGGUUAUCUUAACACCGACACACCGCUCGCCUUACUACUAGAUUACGAUGGCACACUGGUCGCACUCGCCGACAACCCAGGAAGCACAAUCCUCACAGCAAACAUGAAAAGCUUGCUCAAUAGAUUAGCCGCACAUCCGCAAAUAUUUCUAGCCAUAAUCUCGGGACGUGGCCUACGGAAUGUACAGUCAUGCUUAGCCAUACAAGGUAUCACUUAUGCAGGUAAUCAUGGCUUGGAGAUUGAGAGUGGCGAUGGUACCCGACAUGAUUAUGAGCUACCGGUAGAAAUACAAAAACACUACACGGCCAUUGUGAGGGAACUGACCGAGAAAUUGCAACGAAAUGGUGCCUGGGUUGAGGAUAAAAAGCUAUCGCUGACCUAUCAUUAUCGCGACACGCCGCCUGCUUUGGUCGAUGAGCUGAAAAAUGCGGCGAGGCAAAUAAUCGAGUCGCACGGCUUUCGGGCGAAUCAAGCGCACAUGGCAGUUGAGGCGAAACCGCCGGUGAAUUGGAAUAAAGGUGAAGCUGCGCUGCUCAUAUUAAAGAACCAAUUCGGCAUUAAUUGGUCGCAGAAAAUAAAAGUGAUCUUUGCUGGCGAUGACACAACAGACGAGGAUGCAAUGCGUUUACUGCAAGGCUCCGGCAUCUCCUUCCGUGUCUCUGCGGAUCCUGAUCUAGAGACCUACGCUGAUUUCCGUUUAGCGCGCCAGUCUGUGGUGGAAGAUCUCUUGACCUGGAUAAAUAACGUUUACACUAAAUAGUAGGGGAGAGUGUCUUGAAAGUGGGCGCGAAUGACAUACAUAUAGUGCGGCAUGUGAUGAAUUUAUUGAUAAUUUUGUACGUCCAAAGCUUUUGUAAAUAUUUGAAGUAAAUAAAAAAUAUGUAAACAAA